AGAAAAUGUGUAUGUAUUUCCAGGCGUGCCGAGCAAACAUUUGUGCCAGAUUUGCAAUAAGAAUUUCUCCUCAUCUUCGGCGCUCCAGAUCCAUAUGAGAACUCACACGGGCGACAAACCGUUCCGAUGCACCGUCUGCCAGAAGGCCUUCACCACCAAGGGCAAUCUCAAGGUGCACAUGGGCACGCAUAUGUGGACCAACGGAGCUUCCCGACGAGGCCGUCGAAUGUCCCUGGAUCUGCCUCCCCUACCCAUCACCCCCAAGGACUCGGAAUUCCUCCAGCGACGGCCGGAUCUUUUCUAUCCCUAUCUACCCGCGCCAUUCCUUAACGGAGUACAGCAGAAACUGAACGAGAUCUCGGUGAUACAGAGUAACAACGGGUUACCGGGCCACUCGGUGGCCGCAGGCAAAUACGCGGGAUUGUUCGGCUCUGUGUACGCUGCUGGCGCCGGAUUCCCCCUGGACAAGCAGCCAAUGGCGGCGUCCAGCAACGGGCCGUUGCUCGACGGCAAAUCCUCCAUUCCAUCCGGAUCCAUGCUCUUCCAGACACCGUCGCCCUCCCACUCGCCCGGCACGCCAGGCUCCAACGGGAGCAAUCAGAACAGCGCCAACGUGUCCUCGUGGACGGGAGACGCUCUUCAACACCACUUCGACAGAGAACCGCCCGCCAGGUCGGAAGGGAACUCGACACCGCCAUCCGCUCGACUUCCGCCACCCCCCGCGGCCAGGGGUGAGGGACUGGCCACGUGAACCUCGUUAAACACCACCGAUAACGCAUACCCUUCUUUCUCGGGGCUUCACGUUUUCGGCGAUUGAACUCCGUCCUGGCUGUAUUACAGACGAGACAUAAGUAGACAGA